UGAUCGUUUUGGGGGGGUCGAAAGUUAGAACAGCCGCUGACAAACUAAGCGGCCGGGUGAUUCAUGCCAACGGAGUUAGUCAGCGCAAUCAAUUGGCGCUCUUUAACAAUUACGCUGUUACUUAGCAAAUUUUACAAGAUGGUCCUACUAAAUCGAGUGGCGAAAACCUUGCGUUUAGCGGUAGGUGUACGGAAAAACAUGCUACAUACCAGCUGUCGCCUUAAUAUGCCUAUGGUACCGAUUGUGAUUGAACAAACCGGGCGCGGCGAGAGAGCUUACGAUAUCUAUUCGCGGCUGUUGAAGGAACGGAUAAUCUGCUUAAUGGGAUCGAUCGACGACGAUAUCGCUUCAUUAGUUGUAGCCCAACUUUUAUUUCUGCAAUCGGAAUCAUCAAAAAAACCGAUCCAUAUGUACAUCAAUUCGCCUGGAGGCAGUGUCACAGCUGGACUGGGUAUCUAUGACACAAUGCAGUAUGUUUUGCCGCCCAUAGCAACAUGGUGCGUUGGACAGGCAGCUUCAGCUGCUUCCCUUUUGCUGGCCGCCGGAGAGCCAGGAAUGCGGCACUCACUGCCAAAUUCGCGGAUCAUGGUUCACCAACCGUCAGGCGGGGUGAGUGGUCAGGCGACCGAUAUCCAAAUUCAUGCCGAAGAGAUUCUCUACCUUAAACGCACAGUGAAUCUUUUGUAUGCGAAACACACAAAUCAGGCCCUCGAAACUAUUGAGUCUGCUAUGGAGCGCGACCGGUUCAUGAAUCCUGAACAAGCCAAAGAGUUCGGUCUGAUUGAUACGGUCUUAGAACAGCCACCUUUAUGGUCUAGGUAGUCGACGGAAGGAAGAUUUAUCAGCGAUGGUUCCCGGUCAAGUUUGUUGCAUUCUCAUUCUAACGGUCAGCACUGGACUAUCUCGAUGUAUCGUGAAGCAAUUGUUUACUUCCGAUUGAAUACUGAAUUGAUAUAUGAAAUAAACCUAAAUUGACCUUA